AGUAUUAGUGUUUGGAUAUGAAUUUUAUUAUAAAGUAAAAACUGAAGAUUUAGAAAACAACUGACACGAGUUUUAUGAGUGCAGUCAGUAUUUCACUUAAAAUACUCUUUUAAGUACUUAAAUAUAUUAAGGCACUAGUCUGUUUAUUCAAUGGUUUUUCAGUUUUCUUAUGGUUGAGCAAAACCCAAUUGACAUAUUCUUCCACCUGUGUUGCAUAAAACUUGUGGGAGUGUCUUGAAGUUAGAAUAGGAGCAAAAUAUUACUACUAGUGAGCAAUUCUUGAUUGAACUCUCAUCCUAGGCUUGUCGUCUUUCUCUUCAAUUUCAAAAAAUCCACUGCCAGGCAUCAUGAAAAAUGCCGUCAAAACAUCUUUGCAGAACCAAUCAGCCACGAGUUCCAUUGCUAACUUCUACGCCGUCCAGCUCCAACUUCUUUGCCGAGAGCAUAAGCAUGCCACCUCAGCGUCUGCUCUUCUUCGAUCAAUUCAUGCCAACAUGAUCACCUCCGGAUUCAGGCCGCGUAGCCACAUCCUUAACAGCUUAAUCAAUAUCUAUUGCAAAAAUUCCGGUCUUGUUUAUGCAAAGCACCUGUUUGAUAGAAUUCCCCAACCAGAUGUUGUGGCAAGAACAACUAUGAUUGCUGCAUACUCUGCUUCCGGAGAACCCAAGCUUGCAAGAGAGAUUUUUGACAAAACCCCAUUAAGUUUCCGUGACACUGUUUGUUACAACGCUAUGAUUACAGGCUAUUCACACAACAACCAUGGCCAUGCUGCUAUAAAAUUAUUUCUUGAUAUGAGGUGGAAAAAUUUUCAACCCGAUGAGUAUACCUACACCUCUGUACUUGCAGCCUUAGCCCUUAUAGCUGAUCAUGAAAUGCACUGCCGGCAGAUGCAUUGUGCUGUUGCAAAGUCAGGCAUGGCCAACUUUAAGUGUGUUGUCAAUGCACUUAUAUGUGUUUAUGUCAGAUGUGCUUCGUCACCCCUGGCAUCAUCCUUGCUGUUGAUGGACUCAGCUAGCAAGUUGUUUUAUGAGAUGCCAGAACGGGAUGACUUGUCUUGGACUACGAUUAUCACAGGGUAUGUGAAGAAUGAUGAUCUUGAUGCUGCUCGGAAGGUGUUUGAUGGUAUGGAUGAGAAGUUGCUUGUGGCAUGGAAUGCCAUGAUCUCCGGAUAUGUGCAUAAAGGUUUCAUCUUUGAAGCAUUAGAUAUGUUAAGGAAAAUGUAUUUAGCAGGGAUGAAGCCAGAUGAAUUUACCUGCACUAGUAUCCUCAGUGCUUGCGCUGAUGCUGGACUGUUUCUUUUAGGAAAGCAGGUGCAUGCUUACGUUAAACGAACAGAAGAGAAAAUCCAUGUGUCUGUAUAUAAUGCUUUAAUAACAUUAUAUUGGAAAUGUGGUAGAGUUGAUGAUGCAAGAAAAGUUUUUGAUAAUCUAGUUUUUAAGGACAUUGUUUCAUGGAAUGCAGUUCUAUCAGCAUAUGUGAGUGCAGGCCGGAUUAGUGAAGCUAAGUUAUUUUUUGAUGAGAUGCCAGAGAAGAAUUCCCUGGCAUGGACAGUAAUGAUAUCAGGAUUAGCACAAAAUGGACUUGGAGAAGAUGGUCUCAAACUGUUCAACCAAAUGAGAGUAAAGGGGAUCGAGCUGUGUGACUAUGCAUUUGCCGGAGCUAUUACAUCUUGUGCAGUGCUCGGAGCGCUAGAAACAGGAUGCCAACUCCAUGCUCAACUAAUCCAGCGUGGUUAUGAUUCAAGCCUUUCAGCUGGAAAUGCAUUAGUCACAUUUUAUGGAAGAUCUGGGGUCAUUGAAGCUGCACGCAAUGUGUUCCUCACAAUGCCUUGUGUAGAUUUGGUGUCUUGGAAUGCAUUGGUUGCUGCCUUGGGACAGCAUGGAUAUGGUGUUCAAGCGGUUGGACUUUUUGAACAGAUGUUAGAUGAAAAUAUAAUGCCUGAUAGGAUAAGCUUUCUCACGGUUAUAUCUGCUUGUAGUCAUGCCGGAUUGGUUGAAAAGGGACGACACUACUUUAAUAUAAUGCACAGUGUUUAUAAAAUAAUCCCUGGAGAAGAUCACUAUGCCCGUUUAGUUGAUUUGUUGUCUCGAGCUGGAAGGUUAUUAGAAGCAAAAGAAGUGAUCCAGAAUAUGCCUUAUAAACCUAAAGCACCCAUUUGGGAAGCUCUUCUUGCUGGUUGCCGAACUCAUAGGAACGUGGAUUUGGGGGUUGAAGCAGCAGAACAACUCUUUGAGUUGACGCCACAACAUGAUGGAACCUACAUACUUCUAGCUAACACAUUCGCUGCUGCAGGCCGAUGGGAUGACGCUGCUAAGGUGAGAAAACUGAUGAGAGACCAAGGGGUGAAAAAAGAGCCUGGAUGUAGUUGGAUAAAGGUUGAGAAUACCGUUCAUGUCUUCUUGGUGGGUGAUACUGCACAUCCUGAAAUUCAAGUAGUGUACAACUACCUGGAGGAAUUAAGGCUGAAGAUGAGGAAAAUGGGAUUUGUUCCAGACACGCAAUAUGUGUUGCAUGAUAUGGAGACUGAGCAAAAGGAGUAUGCUCUUUCAACUCAUAGUGAAAAGCUGGCGGUUGUAUUUGGGCUCUUGAAGCUUCCUCGUGGAGCCACAAUUAGGGUCUUCAAGAACCUUCGGAUUUGUGGUGACUGCCACAAUGCCUUCAAGUUCAUGUCGAAGGUUGAGGCAAGAGAAAUCAUCGUCAGAGAUGGAAAUAGGUUUCAUCAUUUCAGGGAUGGUGAAUGCUCAUGUGGGAACUACUGGUGAGAUACCGGAUAAGAUUAGAGUCACCUAUGAGUGUCUUUGGUUCCAGAGAUUUGAAUAUGUCGUUCUGGAACCAGUUGUAUUACCAGGGAAAAGUUGCAGCACCUUUGAACAGUAAAUGUAAGACUUCAAAGCUAGAAGAGGGAAUGUGCUGCUAUCUUGUUUGGCUGUGGCAUUUUGAAUACAGAUCUUCACGGUGAAUGUUUCUGGUUUGUGGCUUCCGGGAUGUUGAAUGCUCAUUGGUACCUUAUUGAUACUUAAAUCAAGAUGCAUAUGCCUUAUAGUUAUACACAACUGAGUAAUUAUCAAGGAAAAGAAAUUACUGCUCCAAAAUACUCCCACUUUGUGAAUAUUUGCCUUGAUUAAGAACUUUGAGUGCCAAAGGGUGGAGAGACUCUCUGCUUGUUUAGUGGUGGAGAAUGAUGCAGUUGCAAUUUCUAGAAUCCUCAAGCACAAAGGAUUUGAUACCUGGGUCUAAUUAAACUUCAAAAAAGUUAGCUCAUGUGGGGAGGAUUGCCCAAGUCCAUAUUAGCAGACCACCAGUCCAUUCCCAACCAAUGAGUACAGAUUACAGUCCAUGCAAAGAAGACAUCUUCAUGUCCUCCACUGAUUCCAUCUGACAACAUCUACCAAAUUUAAUUGACCAUCUUUUACGACCAUUGCUUUAAAUAAGCAUAGGGCUGAAGGCAGAUUUGAUUUGCUGCAAUUGUCCUUGGGCUGGAACAUCUGUCUCUUUAGCAAGUGAACUGCUUUUUCACGUGCCCUAAUUGGACUUGUUGAACUCAAGGAUUGCUCUCUGCUUGUGGCUGUUCUGAUCAGCUGUAUGCUUUGUUCAGGAUGCUCUGUGCACCAGAUAUACUUGUAUUUGAAGGAGUUCCCCCCUAUUAUCUGGUGCAGAGUGGCUGAUCUUUUUGCUUAACUCAACUAGACCAGCCACUCUUUAAUGGGAGUUGUUUGAAAUGGCUUUAUCUAGGCUUGGUCCCAGCCACUGAAAACUAUUGUUUGUGGGAUCACUGAAGUUCUCGUGAACAACAAUUGAUCUUAGCUAACUCUGAAAUCAAUCUCGCAUUCAAUUCACUCUCGAGAAGAACCAAAGGAUUUGACAGAGGUUGUAGAUACUAGAAGUUAAAUCACUAUGGUAUAGAUUCACUUGUCAUAAUUUUUCUUAUCUUUUAGGGUUAGACACAGAAGUUUGUUUACUUAAUCGUUGUACUUUACUCAUCUCUCCUGGAAUCUUACAUUUGAAUGCAAGCACAUGUUGUAAUUCUACAAUUUUGUUUUA